AUGAGUGCCUUCCGGGCCGCCGAGAGAGAUGACAGGGCGGCACAGUUCGGGAAGGACCACGCCGACGCCGCCGUGGAGAGAAUGAAGCACCGCAUAGAGAAGCUGAAGGAAAUACAGGUACUGCUACAGGCGAAGGACGGUCUCAGCGACAAGACACCUGAGAAGCAGAAGGGGAAGAAAAAGGGGUUCAUGGGCACAAUGGUGGAGUUUGCUCUUGGCACUGGCGGGGAAGAUGACGAUGUCAGUGAGGCACAAGAGUUGGACUACGCCAAACAGACUCAGCUUAUCGCCAAGAAGGCCAAGCUCGCAUUGGUGAACCGGCAAAUAGAAGAUCUCAAGAGGGCCAAGAAAACCAUCUCCUCGGAUUACGCGUCUGCAGACGCCCAGCUCAUGCUUGCCGAGGAGAAAGCUGUACAGAAAGCUAAAGAAGCCAAGGCAAAGGCAGAGUUGGAUGCAGCCAGACGGGUGGCGGAGGAGAUGGGCAUGGGUAGCGUGGGUAAGGCUGAUGGCAUCAGGCUAGCCGCACACCGAAUCAAGAGAAAAAUCGCUGGGACCAAGACGGUGUACGGAGGGGCGUUCGACAACGAGAAUGCGGCUGUGGAAGCUGCCAUUAAAAGUAGGCACAAGGCCAAGCUGGGCAAAGUCGAAGCAGUCGUCGAAUUCGCCUUCACAGUCGGCGUGGAGGAGACCGAUGCCAUGGCCUCCAAACAGGCGAGGCUUGAAUCGCAAGGGCUACCCAGCUAUCGAAAGAUGUCCAAAGGGCUCGGCGGUAAAGACGUCGUGUUUUUGUGGGUCAGAAAGACGCUCGACUCAUCGGAGUUCAUCACCGAGAUACAGAUCACACACGCGGAUCCCUCAAACGCCGGCUACAAGAACUUGAAGCCGCUCGGGUUCACGUCUUGGGGUCAUCCACAGCUGGCUGCGAAGGUUGGCGGGCAGCCAAGCAUUUUGUUGUGGGGAAAAAGGGACCCACACAGUGAUGGCAUCGCGGACAUCGACCUGUCGUACAACCAAGCAGACGAGAAAAAACUGGCGGACGUGGGCUUCAAGGUGGUGCCGGGUGCAUUGGUAGAUUGCGGUCUUCCCGAUGUCCGACUUUGGUACAACAGCAUCAAGCGCGGCGCCCAUACACUCCCCACCGUCAAAGUUAUCCUCCACGAGAUUGGCGAGGUUCGAAGCAUGCGCAAGCAGAACCCAGGCGAUGCCACGCUUAUGGACGUCGAGUCCAAGUUGGAGUCCAAGCUUGCCCAGGCACGCGAGGCAGAAGAGAGAAAAGCUGAAGACCGCAGCAACCCCCUCAAGAGCGCGAUCGAAACCUAUGCCCUCACCGGAAUGGAUAUCGACGUCUUCAUCUCCCACUUCGCGGCGAUCGAUGUUGAGAGAAAAGGGACAAUCGGCGUCGGGGCGUUCUUCGAGUACUUCGAGUGGCCUCGAAACGCUUUCGCCAACCAUCUUUUCAGCUUCAUGGAAGCAACAGACGAGGAUGGCCGAGUGGAUUUUGGUGAUUUUGUGAAGCUGUCCUUCAACCAUUUCUUGGACCUCGACAAGCGCUUUCCAAAGAUGUUCUACCCGGUGGCCAACCUCCAGUCCGAAAUGAGAAAAAUGUUUCUGGGAGACGCGUUCUGGGUAAAGAAAUUGCUGAUUUUCAACGAGGGCCGAGAGAACAUCAUCAAGGAAGCCGACGGAUCAGCAUCCAAGGCGGUUCGUCCGAAAGGGAGAAUAACGCUAAAGCUGCUCCCCAAGACCGCGGCUACCGCAGCGUCCGUUCCGGCGUCGUCGCCGGCGUUCAUCCUCUCCGCCGCCACUGCUGUCGCGGCUCUCGUCUCUUCAGUCCGCAUCUCCUCCCCCACCGCCGCUGAUACGUCUCCAGCUUCCUCGUCCUUUUCAGGCCUCGCCACCGCUGUCGCUGCCACAGCUGCGGCCUCGUCGGCGGCCUUCUAUUUCUACGCGCGUGAUCGUGGCGCAGCUGCUGCAGAGGAGGACGCUGCGGUGAAACUGGUGCUGCCCGAACCGUUCUUCCCUCAGCUCCCAGAAGAAAAGGGCAAGGAACUCCUGGACCGCUAUGGCGGCAUCGAAUCAGAGUACUUGGAGAAGGUGAAAGCGGACAGGACCGUGUCCACCGGCGUGGACUUGGAGCAACUGGGCAUCUUGAAGGCGGUUCGCGCUGGCCUUGCCCCUGGAGCAAAGCGCAUCCACACUUCCCUCGACAAGCUGAACAUCUACGCAAGAGGAGGGGGUGCGCCUUCUUCGGGCAAUGCGAAUCCAACAUCGAACAAGUUGUGGAGGGCCACCGGCUGA